UAAUUGACCUGUCAAAAUGUAAAUUCCCAAAAUCAAUUUUCGUAAAUUUCGGGAUUCCACAAUUUGUGACCGAUUUGUUUCGAUUUUGCUAGGGAAAAUAUCGCAGCAUUCAUUUGAAUUUUAGUGCUAUUUGGCAAAGGAAACUCUUACAAAUUCAACUGGCAAAGAGAAAGUAGAAUUCAUCAUAUCGUCGAGUUGGUCGAGUGCGGUGUAAUCACAGUCAGUGGAGGCCAAGAUGGACGAUUUGAUUACCCUGAUCCGGACGGAGAUCCCCGAGGGGCGACAGAACCUCCAGGAAAGCUACACCAACUUGGAGCGGGUGGCCGAAUAUUGCGAAGAUACGUACUAUCGCUCUGACAACAAGAAGGCAUCGCUGGAAGAAACUAAAAAUUACACCACUCAGUCGUUGGCCAGCGUUGCAUAUCAAAUCAACACGCUGGCGUACAACUUUCUGCAGCUGAUGGACUUGCAAGCCACCCAAAUGGCCGAAAUGGAAUCGCAGAUGAACCACAUCUGCCAAACGGUAAUGAUUCACAAAGAAAAGGUGGCUCGCCGGGAGAUUGGAGUCCUCACGGCCAACAAGGUUAGCACUCGGCAGUACAAGAUUGUGGCACCGUUGAAUCCGGAGAAGCCAAUCAAAUACGUACGGAAACCCAUCGACUAUGGAUUGCUCGAUGAAAUUGGCCACGGAAUUGCGUUGACAAACAACAACCAGAAAAAGCACCGAGUCUCGAGCCAAGGUUCGAUCCAAUCGCUUUCGACGAAUAUUUCCGUUGGACCACCACCGACCACAAAGCCUCCAACACCGCCUCAGAUGGGACGUACGGUUGUUGUGGCGGGUCAUACCGGAACGUUGGGUAAAAACGCUGGCAACACCGGAACUCUUGGUAAAGCAUCCCGUGAAUAUCGGACACCUCCAGUUGUUAUCCCACCACAGGUUCCAUCACACUACGCGCCUAACUAUCCGGUAGGUCAUCCUAAAAGAACUUCCACCGCAACAAAUGCAAGCCCAACAGCAACAUCAACAGCAAAUGCAGCACAGCAACAUCCUCGAGGACCCGGUUACAGUGCCCUUCCAAUGCCGAUGCCUCCGAGCCAGGUUGUGAUGCAUCAUCCACCGGCACCACAAGUUGGAAUGGUUCAUCCGAUGCAACCGUCUACUGGAGGACUGCAACAUCCUAGUUCAUUCGACGAACGCAACAGCAUGCCACCGCCGCCUUCACCGCUAACGGUGACCCACGAGAUGCCCGACCACGGUCACAUUGGAAUGCACACGCUAAGCCGUAACAUGCCGCGUCCGGGAUCACAAUCGCCACCACUGCCACCUCCUCCACCGCCAGAGGAAGCCGACCAUGCCGAUUUCGGGCGACCACGCAACACUCAAAGCCUAGUGGCUCCGAUCGUACCAGAUGACCAAAACCUGCCCGGCUGGGUACCGAAGAACUACAUCGAGAAGGUGGUGGCUAUCUACGACUACUACGCCGACAAGGACGACGAGCUGAGCUUCCAGGAAAGUUCGGUCAUCUACGUGCUGAAGAAGAACGACGACGGUUGGUGGGAGGGCGUCAUGGACGGCGUCACCGGUCUCUUCCCCGGCAAUUACGUUGAACCAUGUGUCUAGACGGCAGCUAAUCAAUCGAUCAUUUCCUCCAAAAAUAUAAUCCAAAAGCAACGGAAUCAAAUAUAGAGAUAACGAUAGCUGGCCAAACGAAAUAAGAAAAACAAAUACAACAACAUAUUACCCGAAUCAUGCUAAAGUAGUCUUUAAUCAAAAAUCAAACGGAUUAUUAAAGUCAUUUGAUAUCGCACGAUUAAAACGUAAUCGAUUCUUAUUCCCCCAUUUAUCUAAGUCGGAUUAAUUUCCUUUUGGAUUUAAAUUCAUCGCUCGAAUGCUGGCAUUUCUAGUAUGCAUGUAUCUAUAAAAUGUGUAGUAUUUUCGCUUAUUGGAUACCUUUAUCUAAAUAUAAUUUUAUAACAUUAUGUGAAUGCUUCAUCACCACUACAAUUUGUGGUUCCAUCAUAUGUUGCGUUGGACGAAAACUACUGUUGAAAUGCGGUUCAAUAAAUACAUAAUUUCAAACACCAAUAAA